AUGAGCGAACGAGUGAGGCGCCGUCGCGAAGUCGGCGGCUCGGCGACGACGUCACGCCUGCGAACGUCGGCCCAGCGCGAAUGCGGAGGACUGUCGCCGGCGUCGCGUCUCCGAAUCGCCGCCGACGUUCAUCGUCACUCGACGUCUGAUGACGAUUCCGGAUGCGUUCUGGAGGAGUACGCCUGGGUGCCCAGCGGAUUGAAGCCUGACAUGGUAAUUUUUUUGGGGAUAUUUUGCGGUAAGGAGGUUACUGUAGUAGUUAAGUAUGCAUACACAUCCGUGUCGUUUCGAGGAGAUUCAAAAAACAAUUUCUUUUUACUGACUUUUUCUUCUUCUGGCUUUUAAAUUUGCGUCGAGUUUAUGCAUUUUUGAAAAAAAGUUAAUUAAAAAACUGUUUGGAAAUUUUUUUAUGAGAGAUUACGGUAAGAGAUGGAUACGAAAACACGGCGGUGUAGUUUGAUAACCACUCGAGAUAAAAAAAAAUCUCACUUUCAUUUAUUUUUGUGUAAAUAUAAUUUGAAGUCUUUUUCCAGCUUCAAAUUUUCAUUGUUGAUAGAAAGCUUUUUUUAUAAGGAAGAGGUUACUGUAUUACCACAAUACGUAGACACGCCGGUGACGUUUGAUAAAGACUUCUUUAAAAUUAAUUUUUUAAAGUUUUUUGUUUACUUUUUUUUUAAAGUCAGCCAUUAAUUUAAUAUGUUAAAUGUAUUGAGACGAGAAGCCGCUACUGAAAAUCAUUCGAGCCCUUAAAGACUUUUACCACUUGACUUUUUUUUCCUUAUCCCGAUGUUAUUUCUUGCUCGGUUUGAUUUUCGAUUGAUUUUCAGUACUUCAACCUCGUUCUGAAUGAUUUUCCGAUUAGGAGACGUGAAUCAUUUCGAACCAAAAUGAAGAAUGCAUUUCAAUUCAACAUGUUUCAAGGUGCACGCGUACUUCUCGUGUCUGCCGGAAGACAAAGUGCCCUACGUGAACAGCGCCGGCGAAAAAUGGCGUCAGCGACAGCUCCGCUUCCAACUUCCGCCCCAGGUUUCCCUUUUUCUUUUUUCAAAAUGACACAGCAAAAAAAAUGUGUCCCCCGUUAAUCAUUCGACCCCGUCUGUCCUUCUUUUCAGGCUCUGCUUUUGAAUUUUUCCGGUUUAUUGUAUCGUAAUGAACUGGAAAGGGGUCAACAAUAAAGCUAACUAGAAUCUAAAAAAAGGGAGAGACAAUAUCUAUCUACUUAAGAUUAAUGUUAGGAGUUCUUAAAGGAAUUUCGUUCUCAUUUUAAGUUUUCGGUUUUUUGUACUGGAAAUACAUUUCCAGGUUUAAAAAAAAAAUUUCUUUUUUAUUCCACGAAAUUAUUCAUCAUUAUCAACAUUAAGAGGUAACAUGAGCAGUUCACCUUAUUGAUUUUUUAUUUCUUCUUUUGCAAAUUUUAUUUCCAGGAUUCGGAUGUUCGGUACUGCGAGAAGCUCACUUCUGACGAACAGGACGAGUUGAGGUAAGGAAUUUCGAUUACAAAGUUGAGGAUUAACUGGGAAAAUAUGAGUAUAAGAAUUUUUUGGAGAGUCAGAGUUGCUUUUCUAGAAUUCUCGAUACUUUUUUUCCAAGUUUUCAUAAAACUGAAUUUUUCCGAAGUUGAUGCGUUAAAAUUGAAACAUCGAUGAUUUUUUUUUUGUGCUGAUGCCGUAGUUCAAACGAAUCAUUACUAACUUUCCGUUUCAGAAUGUUCGAGAGGGGACGGAAAACCGAAUGUCUCGGCCGUGGUGUCGUUCAACACGUUCCGUUCGAUGGCAAGCCGAGCAAGUGCAAAAAAGUUGGUUUUUUUCUGAUUUUAAAAGAGUAACUGUACUUGGAAUGGUACAAAAUGCCCUGUAGGGAUUGGGAAUCAAAAAAUUCAAGGCUUGGUGGGCAAUAUUGGUUUCAAAUGGGGUAGUUGAAAAAAAAAUUAUUGAUCCACUCCUGUAGACCAACUUUGAUGAUUUUGGGAAAUGAGAGGUUUUGAGGGAUCACUUGAGUAAAUUUAAACACCUUGAGUUAAAAAAAAAUUUUUUUCCAUUUUGUCAAUAGAGGAAAUUUGCAGCGAACCGCAUUUGAGGACUCUUUUUAGAUCUCAAAAUCCGUUGAAAGUACCGAAAUUCGGGCAAGUUGACCACUAACUCGGAAGACCCUGAUAAUAACCUUGAGUUCUUCGAGAGGCUGAAAGAAAAGAGGCCACUUGAGUGACACCGAAAACAAGCUUGAAAGAACAAAAGGGCGCCAUCUGCCACGGGGGCCAGAACUUUUCGCCCGCGGCUUUUCAUGUUUGUCGCGAUCGAAUUAUUAGCCUUGAUGUUUGUUGGGAUGGACGGAUGAUGUCUGUCAGUAAGGAUUCGUCGCCCUCUCCUCUCGAUUGUUGCCAAUUACCGCCUUGGUGAUCCCAUAAUCGGUGGCCUCGAUUGUUCCCCAGAGGAGGAAGCCUUUUUGACAGAGGAACUGUUUUGUGCGUCGAAGGGAUUUGAGAAGACUAGUAGAAAAGAAGAGAAUCUAGCCAUUCCGAAUGCGGGACUCGAGAAGUUCUUUAAAUGAGACAGGAAAUGCCAUUUUUUUUUUCCUAGGAUCCUGAUCAUGAAGAAAAGAAAGGAGAGGCAUUCCAAGUGCGGCCUUCAUGGGGUGAUGGCUUCAUAUGGCAAGGAAGCCAUUCCAAAUGCGGCUUGAAAGUUACCUCACUUCCCUGUUUUUUGUAAGUUCUGGAUCAGGAUCAGAUGAGGUCAUAGAAAAAAAAAAUCGGCUUACCGUGGGAAUCGAGAAGUUCCUCGAAUCGGACAAGCCAUCCUAGAUGCGGGGACCCGGAAAGGAAAGGUCGCAUUUGGAAUGGCUAAACGGUUUUUUUUUCGAAAAUUGAACUCUUAUUGAGACGGUCUUGAAGAAAGACCAUCUGAGAGGUUCUGAGCUUCAAAGUUUUUUUCAACUCUGGAUUCGAUUCUUUCAGAGCUUCCAUCAGUUCAGACUGGUCUUCUUUAUAGGUCGCAUUUGGAAUGGCUAAACGGCUUUUCGCUCAAAACUUGAAUUCCUAUCGAGACGGUCUUGAGGAAAGGCCAUAUGUCCUGUCAACGAGAGGUCUCCCUCCGUCUCGAGUGCGGAAAAUAUCACGUUUCGGCACUUUUGGCGCGCGCCUCCAACUCCAACCUCGCGCCCAUGACACAUCUGCCACCAGCUGUUUUCAUGACCAUUCGCAGAUCGGACACAACGAGUUAGGACUCUUGUCAAUCUUUACUGGGAAAGGAUUUUUUGGUUCGGUUCGAGUUGAGAGUUUGAGGAAGGUCAAUUGGGGUUUGGGAAAAUUUUUUCGACGGUUUAAGUUUUGAUGGAACUUAGCUGAGUUCAAAACAUUUUUGAGUGCGAAAAAAAUAUUAGUAAAAUAUUUUCAGUUUAGUCAUGUAACGCUUAUAAAGCUCUAUAUAGCUCAUUUUCUUAAUUUUUAAGUAAUUUAAGAACCAGGGAUUUUCAUAACUUGGACGAAGUUUAGAGAGAAAAAUCUUUGUGUUCUGGGUUCAGGAGCUCCUGAAGUACACUCUAGCAUGGUUUCGGGAAAAAGACCUCCUCUGUUAGUUUUUUAGGAAGCUCAACGAGAAAGCUCAACUUUUUGGUUAGAACACCUCAAAGUCGAAGAAAAAUCACUCGAGUCCUUCAAACUGAGUCAUUCUCGUCAAGUCCUACUAGGAAGGAACGUUCUCCUCUAAUAACUUUGAGAUGAGAAAAUCUCGAACUGCGUCACGGCAUAACACUAACUAUGCAUUGCCGGGGCAUCCGCACACGUUUUGAGUGCAUCCAAUCAAGGUUAUGUCUGCCCUGACGGCGUGGAAAUAGUCAAUCAUCCUGCUCAUGCAACCGAUAUGAGCGGUCCCAUUACGCCAAGCCAGGGGUAAUCCUCGAAAUUUAGCGAUUUUCAGCAAGGGAAAGCUUGCUUAUUAUUUUUUAUGGUCUUCUUGGAGAUGUUUGGAAGGAACUGAAUGUGUUAUUUAGCUUUAAGAAAGAAUUAAAGCUGCAUUAAUCCUUGCAGUAAAAUUAUGGUAGUUUUUGAUCACAGAAGGGUCAAAGAAGCGAAUUUUUUGCGAAGAUUCAAGAAGGUAAUGAAGGAAUUUGAAUGAGUUAUUCCGACUAAUUAUCACUGGAAGAGGAAAUAGCCUUUGUUGCGAGGGGAAUAGUUUGAGCGUCGCGGUCGCGUUGCGGUUCAAGUUGGAGUUCGAAAUUUGAAGUUUUUCUUGAAUAACUCAAAAUGGGGAAGUGAGUACUCUAGAAAAUGUUUCAUAGAACUGUUUGAAUGGAAUAGAAGGUCCUUUGAGCUUCUGGAACCUUUAUGAGACAUCGCCAGGCCGUUUCCUCUGACCUCAUAGCCACAAAUAUGACUAAUAACAAUCGGAGGUAAACAAAAAGGCGACAAGUGGAGUGACCAGCGCUUGAGAUGAAGAAAAGCCGUCGGUUUUUCGCGCGGUUCAUCAAAAAACGGCGCCGAUGCCCCUUGACCUCUUCUUUCUUCGGCCGUUUACAGCCGUUUGCGCCUUGGCUCAGCCGGCUAAUUCGCGCCAAUGAGAAAGAGAAUGCGGGAAAAUUGGCCUAUUUUUUUUUUUGAAAAAAAAUAUCUGGGAAAUGGACUUGGAACGAUUGGAAGCUUAAGCGCAGUACUAUUAUAUACCAGCGUUUUUCGAAAAAAAAAAAUCAAAUAUACUCGUUAUAUCUCCUGUGCAAUAAAUCUAAUAACAUGAUCCAUUUCCAAUGGAAAACACGGCACUUUGAAUUAGGAUCAACUAAAAAUUUGUUGGACAAGGACGAGGACGAAUUAGACGAACAAUGGGCUCGGAGACGACGCCAAAACAACUGUAUUUGGAUGGGGUCUUAUGGUAUUGUGUACCGAUUGGGAUACAACGGUUUUAUGGUUUCUUGGUGCAUUUUUGAGAAUCUACGGAUAUGGUUUUAUAGUUUUUAUGUUCAAAAAUAGGGCGAAUAUUGAACAGAAUGAUUUAAAAGCCAUUUCAAGUUCAAAAAUGUAUUUCUCAUGAUAGCAAGGGAUAGACUGUGAGAAAAGAAGAGACGCAGACUUCGUUUUUUCUCUAGAGUGUUUUCCGGUCCCACGCUUUCUUUUUUCCUAGAAACCAAGCUAAAAAUCGACCCCAGAAGCCUUUUUUUAGUACUUGGUUUUUAUUGAAACUUAUGCCAAACAGUUACUUUUAAUGAAUUUAAAAACUUAUGUUCAAGUUCUAGUUUCAAUUUUUUUUUUUUCGUAAAUUUCUUGAUUCAGAAGAUUUACGAUCAUGAUCAGAAAUUUCGAAUAACAGGUCCUAGGCCAAUUUUCCUCGGUUCUCUAUUGUCGGUCUUUCUGCUCUCACAUAGUCGGAUCAAAGAAUCGGAUUAAGCUGGUGAGACAUCUGCCCACACAGAAUACAGUACCGCAAGUAUGAUGAAAGUAUAGGGUCGGGCUUACCGCGCAGCACUAAUAAUCCAGUCACGGGUAUGAGGUUCUAAUCUGCCUCCUCCGACUCGGGCGGUAGACAGAAACACAAAAAUCCGAUUUUCUUUCCCCCUCGACGACGACGGCGCCGGCAAAGGUCUCGCGUCGGGGGGCAAACAUGACGCUCGGUGUUAUUUAUUUGUUUGACGUUAUAUAUGUUAAUUCCACUGAGCUAGUCCAGCUCUCAAGGAACCAAUUCCAAUUUCCUGGAGCUGCAUCUGAUCGCUAUCUUCACCUUUCCACUGUGACUAAUGUCUUUUUCCAUGGGAGAGGAAAUUGGCAACGAGGGUUCAUUUAGAUCGGCAAUCUGUUGAAUUGUGUGUCGAUCGGGCAAAGUGAUUUUGGAGAAUCGGGAUUUGUGAGACUUUCCACGGGGCUGAAAAUUGGUUCAUCUCGAGGUUAUUUAGCGUACUUGGGUUUCGAUUAAUAAAAAACGAUCAGAAGGGAUUGUCAAAAACUUUGCUCUAUAAUCUCUACCCCACUUAAACCUCUACCUUACCUUCACCUUCCUGACACGUCUGCCAUUCAGGAGGUUACCUAACCUGUCUGUCAAGUUACCCAACAACCUCCAGACCCCCUCCUAUUCCUUCCCUAGAAAUUGAAACAUUUACAUUUGCACCCCCAAGGAAAUCGCAAUAAAUCAUACAAUUAGCGGGAAGAAACACAUUAGAUUAAUGCAAAAUGGGUCGUCGAAUUUCCGACCAACACGUUGUGCGUGGACAUAAGAAACCAAUUCGUUUUACAUAAUUCACGAGCGAAAUCACUUGGUAAGGAAAGAUUCGAAUCGCAACGGCUAAUGUGAAAAUCCGAUGCGAAUCUGUGAUCUCUCAAGUGCUCCCAUAAGAGUGGUUUUCGAAAAAAACAAUUUUCCCCAUUUUUCGAAUCAAGGUCCUUAAUGAGAGGUUUCUAAUAACUUUUAUCAGAAAUCAAAAACUUGAUUUUAACUUUAGAAAGGGAUAUUUUCAAAAUUCCUCAUUGGGUCGAGAAUAAGCUUGUUACAUCUUUACUUUAACUGACAAAAAAACGAAGCGUAGAGGCUGCGGCGGCCUGAAGAGAUCCCAGAGAAAGAGAGAAACUUUAUUUCUCUGGCGUCUCUUCAAGCCGUAGUUGAUCUCUCGCUUACAAUUUUGGUUAGGGCUCUUUCAUGAUGAGCAACGAGAGACAGAAGCUUUUUUCAUUCUUAAUUUCAAUAUUGAUUAGCUGAACUUUUUGAAACUCAUGAAUUCCACCUCAGUUAUUCGAAGAGCCAGUUUGGUACUAUUCAUUCUAAGUUUUUCGAUUUUCAGUGUUCGCAAUCUCUGGAAGAAGGCGAAAUGUGCGUGAUGGCCUCGAGAACCAAACGAGCCUACCAUCCCGGAUGCUUCCGAUGUCACGAAUGUGAUGCUCUUCUGGUCGACCUCAUCUACUUUGCCAAUGAUGAUAAGGUGAGGAUCGAGUAAAAAAGGGCAGCGCAUCAUUUUUUUUUUCAGGCCUACUGCGGUCGACAUCAUGCCGAACAGCUCAAGCCGCGCUGUGCCAAGUGUGAUGAGGUAUAUUUUUUUCACUUUUUGAAAACUUGAACAGUUUCUCUCGAGAAGUUCAAGCUUAACAAAUAAGCGGAAAAACAUAUUUUUCUCCUAGAGCAUGGAUGUGGAAGUGUUGUAAGCUUUUUUCAUGAGAAUACUUGACAAAGUUUUUUUUUCUGCUUGAGAGUAGCCAAUUUCAAGCUCUAAAAAAGGCAUAAAACAGAUUUUUACUACUUCCUAGAGUAAGAAAAUUAAAGUUUUUGGGAAAUUCAGGCACAAGUUUUACUUAAGAAUGUUUCAGCUCAAAAAAGGCAUAAAAUGGAUUUUUACCACUUUCUGAAGUGAGGAUUUUUUAUUCAGGUAGUUUUCGGAAAAGUAAGGCACAAGUUUUGCUUUAAAAAGACUCAAGCUUGAAAAAGGGACAUAAAAGUUUUGGUCGUGGCCCCCAACAACACCAUCUGGUCCGACGUUUGUCAUAAACUUUCAACAACGGCAACAUGUGCGGAAACCCCCUCAUUCCAACGAAUACAUGUAGAAAUUUAUACAUGAGAGUGGGCAAAACAACGGCCAAAUUUAUCAUCCUAGGGAGAGUUUGAUUGAUGGAGUUUUUUUGAAUUUUGAACAAGUUUUUGGAGAAGGAGCUGUUAAAUUUGGGUCUCACAGCGGUUUAAGGAUGAGACUUUUGGAUAAUUCAGAAACUUGUGACUUUGGCCUUUUGUAGCUGUCCGGUCCUAUCGAUUUUUGUAGGCUUACACUUUCUUUUUUCCAUUAAGUCAUCAAGUUUUCAAGUUUUUUUUUUUGAUUCUGAAUACUGGCCAGAUUACUCCUUAGUGUACCAAAUAAAAAAACCUGAAACUUCCACAACUUCCUAUCUUUCGAAAAACGCGGGUUCUUUCCUAGGCUCCCGAACAAGAGGAAAAGAAAGGAUAGUCAUGCCUAGUGCGAUCUUCAUGAGGUGGUGGCUUGACAUGUCAAGAAAGCCAUUCCAGAUUUUCAUUUCCACCAGCUUUGAGCAGCUUAAAAAAUAGGAAAAAAAAGCCAGUUUGAUAAUUCUCCUAGGUGUUACCGAGAAACAGACUGAGAGAUUUUUAGAUGUCCUUUUUUCAAAAUUUUUCUUGAAGCCCAAUCUAUCUCGUAAGCGUCUAUCAGCUUGAAAAAUAGAUAAAAAGGGAACGGAUGACCUCUGAAGAUUUCGCCAGAAAGCGACCUUUUUUUUGAUUUUUUAAAAUCCAUAAUGGUUUCCUUUCCAUGAGCUUCGAGCAGCUCAAAAAUUAGAAAAAAGCCAGAUUGAUGAUCUCGGGAAAAUAUUUUCUUACCUAGCAACCGGUUGGUAAACUUCACAGUUUUGUAAAAUUACACCGUUCAGCUUUCGAAUUUGUCAAGACUUUUUUUCUCAACUCGUCUGUCAAUUUCCAAAACGGGCAAAAAAGGCAGAUCGAUGAUCUCGCGAGAUGUUGCCAAGAAGCCGGCUGACAGGCUGGCUGGCUUCGAUGUGAUGUAGUGCCUUUUACGACUGAGCCCACGGGUCGGAGAGACCGUUUGGGCCGUUUGUCAGGCCGACCGAAGGCGCCUGUCAGCCGUGUUUCUUCCCGGCGCGUGACGAAUGCGCGACAAAACACCCAAUGAUGACCAUUUUCGCGUGUGAGCAGCUUCUUCCUUCUGCUUUUCGACGUUCUGUUGUAUAUUUUUCCCUUGGUUUGGGCCAUCUGCUUGGAAGAAGCUCCACACCGGAAACGUCUGUUUACUCACACCGAUUUCGCGCAUCAGCUUCUUGGAAGUGCCUUUGAAUGUGUAAAUUGAGAAUGGUGUGAAUUUCGAGGGAAUAAAUAGAUUGUCUGGGAGUUUUGGCGGAUUAAAAUAGAGCUGGGAAUGACUUGAGAAGGGAAAUUUCGAAAUUUACGGAUUGGUGGGAGGCUUUUUCGAACAAAGACCAAUACAUUAGAAAAAAUGAUUAUUUGAGGUCCUUGUAAGUUUGUUGGUAGCGUUUAGAAUGGUUCAAAGCGUCGCGUUGCUCUUCAAGUUGAAAUUUGAAGAUUUCUUUCGUCAAAAAUUAGAAAGCCGCGCAAGUCGUUUCGUGGUCGGGCGAGCUUUUGGAAUAACUUCUCUGUUAGGAUUUAGCCAUUCCACGUGCGACCUCUUUUUUGAGAAGAGCAUUAUUUUGAAAGAACAAUUUUUUUUACUUGAAGCUUGAUCGUUGACAUUUUUUGAAACGGAUUUUUACCAUUUUGCGGAUUUUGAAAAACUUAUUCUCAUUGUAAAAACUUAACUAAUUUACGAUAACUGGGCUCCGGGGCAAUGUAAACUUUUUCAAAGAUUCCAUGAAAAUUGCCUUGUUUUUUUUCUUCAACCCUUUAAAUUUUCCAGUUGAUUUUUGGCGAGGAAUGUACCGAGGCUGAGGGCCGAACCUGGCAUUUGCACCAUUUCCAGUGCUCCGACUGUGGUGAUGUUCUAGGGGGCAAGAAGUACAUGCAAAGGUACUUUUACAGUUUCGUUUCAAAUUCAUAUGGGUUUCCAGAGCCAACAAGCCGGUCUGCCUGAACUGCUUCCACUCGUCGACGGCCACCCUCAUGUGCACCACCUGCAAAACGAAUUUCCCCGUCGAAACGCCUCACAUGUCGCAGGUCCGUCGCUGAACAACGUCGGCUAAACGUUCAGAUUGUUGAUUUCAAGGGCGACCUUCACUGGCACGCCAGCGGACAGUGCUUCAGCUGCUGUGUCUGCUCGAAGAACUUGCUCGGCAUCAAGUACAGUUUGGUCGGCGAGAACCUCUACUGCGGCUACAAAACUUGUGGCGGUGAAGGUGAAUAUUGAAUGAAGUUAUGGUUAAAGCUUGACAUGAUCAUCAAUUUUGAGGUAGAGCCAGUGAAUAGAGUAAAGCAAGUCACUAGGGGAAGUUUCGAAGUUCUAUCAACAACCUCUUUCAUUUUUAGAUGAACUGCUUGAUGAAGAUCGCCUUGGCUCGCCGAACCGACGUCGCCUGAUGGAAAAGACGACGAAAGUCGUGAGGUGAAUCUUCCCACGCCUUCUGAAAAAACCACGACGUUUCCCUUCAGAAUCCCUGCGUCGCCACGAGCCCCACAGCGUACGAUGUCGGCGCCGAAGCCGCGACCGCCGCAAAGAGCACCGCCGCCUCCACCGUCCGAGAAUAUUUAUGAGACCGUCCUCCCCUGCUCCUCUUCGAGUAGCCCAGAGUUCGAGAAGAAGUACGGCGGCUCUGGAAGGGUCAUGUCCUCGGACGCCAUCGGCAAGGCCUCUCCCUCCAAUUACUACAGCAAAACGCCGAAUAAGCUCGUCAACGGGGACUUCCCACAGGAAUACAGGUACCUUUUUCGUCUCUCCGACGGUUUACAGAAGAAUUUUCGUGAUACUGUAACUUUUUUCAACAUUCUCUGAUGGUGCAGAGGCUUUCUUGGAAAUUUCUCGAAUUUAAAAAAAGCCGAGCUUCUCCAAACACAAAUUUAUUUUCCAGCACAUCUUCUUCGGACUCUGAAGACGAGGAGUUUUACAUCUCGCACAUGAUGGCGGCAGCUUCUCUCAGCAGAGUGAGAAGCUCAAUUUCUAAUAUCAUAAUACUAAUUUUGUUCAGCAACAACAACCCGUUCGAAAAGUUCAGACGAUGACGUCGUCUGGCGGCGGCGUUCGUGUCGCCAAAAAGAAGAAAAGCACACGGUGUAUCGUUUCGUGA